ACGAUCUCUGUCAAAUAAAAUUAUAAUUUGGUACCAAAAUCAAGAUUAAAUCCCUAACAUCUACCCCAAGUUUCGCUGUGUCAUGUAGAUAUCGUCGUCAACCUUUGGCAAAUUAAGGGAAUUCCAAACUCGCAUUUACCUGUCGUCGUUUGAAUUCAGCAGAUAACGAAAUUAGGGUUUUCAAUUUCUAAUCCAACUAUUUGAUUCCGCCAUUAAAUUUGGAAGGGGAAAGUAUGGGCCUGUCGUCGGCCACUACUACGGCUACCGCUCCAGAAGGGGUGCAAUUGUGCAUAUUCGAUUUGAGGAGGGGUCAGAACGAAGGGCAGGAGUUGGACAAGAUACUCUUCUUCUUUCCAGCUGAUUUGCCCUUCUCCGCCCAGUUCUCUGUGAUCGGGCUCAGUGAAGGACUCAUCACAUUUACAAGAAUCUUCUCUCCUGAGGCUGCUUGCGAGGCCAUUGAAGCAGAGAGGCAUUCCCAUGUCUUUCACGAGGCGGAACCCGAUAUCUGGAUGGUCAUGGUAGUGGAGAAAAACAAGGAGUUCGAACCAAUUUGGAGAAGUGAUGCAUUGAGAAAGGUUCUCAAGGAAGUACAUUUGCUUUUCGUGAUGUUUCAUGGAUCGAUAAGAGCGUUGCUUGAUAAGGACCCCGGUGGGGGACUCACUCGUUCCCAUCUGUACCAUUUCGUCAUGGACUAUCUCGGUGCAUUUCUAAAGCGGUCUCCAUUCGAUGAGUGCUGCUGGGAUUUUCUGGUUGGGAAGAAACUGCUGCUACCUUCAUUCCGUGACGCUUUAAAUGAGCGUGGAACUGUACAGAUGCUUACUGUAGGGCGGGAAGCGGCAAUCGAAGUUCAGUCGCUUGUCAGGGUACUUGAAUCGUGUGCUGGGAACAUGCCAUGUCACUCACUAAUCUUGUUUCAGGACCUCUUGGUGUCCACGACACUUUCUCCUGAUGAUACCGUAAACCUCUUUGCAUAUGCUGUUUUAAGGUUGACUCCCCGUGCAUUAUCCUCUGGAGUAAGUUCCUGGUCCUAUUUACGCAAGGGAGCUACAUCGCAUGUCUCCUCAAGUUCUAGCUUGGCCCGUCCUGGUUCUAUUCCAGAACAAUUGCAUGGCUCACUUGGCAACUCUCCUGCUGGAGAUAACAGUUCUCGAGUCGUACGGCCCUUGCAGCCUGAUAAGUGGUCCAAAGGAAAGGAUGGUUUUCUUGUCAGUGAUAUUUGGGGUGCAGACGCUAGUACUGGAACGUCUGCCACCCCAACAGUUUUGCUUCAUCAAACAGAGGAGAGAAUGUAUCUGUGUGCCCAUCAGCAUAAGAGCCUUACCUUAAUUUUUCUUCUUCCUGUUUCUUCGGUACUAAAUGGUGAUCAAGGUGUUUCUGCAGUGAAGCAGCAAGUUCUUGAAAAUGUAUCCCUAAAGCUGUUGAAAGUUGAAGAGAAAUUAUCAAAAGGAUGGGGUGGUGAGAAUGCAUAUCAUGUUAGUGGAUAUCGGUAUUUACUAGCAGAUGGAGACAGAAAUGUAUCCAGGGCUUCUCCACCAGGAAAAGUCACAACCCUUACCAAGGGCUCCUUACUUGCCUUAAGUAAGAUCAGAGAAGAAGUUGAUUUGGAAAAAAGUAGAGCGAAAUCGGAUUAUGCUGGUCACGAGAAAGAAUUGGAAAUUAGCAUCAGGGCGAAAAACAAUGCUUGGGUUAUCGCUCGGGUUACAAGAGGGAAGGAGCUUUAUAUGGUUCUAGAGAAAGCCAACGAAACACUUCUUUAUGCCUCCGAUGCUGUUGAGAAGUUCAGCAACAGGUACUGCAAUGGAGUUUUCUCGUUGAAUUAGAGUAAAUUUCUUGUUUUUGAGAUGUAUACUAAGAUGGUACAACGAAAUGAGAGGUCCGCCAUACAUGCUCAUUGCUCAGUAUUGUGUUAUUUCCUCCUGGCUCUGUGCACCUCACGACGAACCAACCGUUGGACCUCAGCACUGUAAAUUUCUGUGACAUCACACUUGCAAGGAGAAAUAAAUAUCAUUUCAAAUUA